AUGGCUAAAGUCGGAGCCCUGACUGGAGGAUGGUCUGCCAAAACAAACGAUUUGAACCAGUGGAUUCAGGUUGAUCUUUUAGCUACGUACAGCAUCGUAAGAGUGGCAACACAAGGUCGUGAGGAUUAUUCCCAGUGGGUAACCAGCUUCAAGAUUGCCUGCAGUAUGGAUAGUAUUACCUUUGAUACAGUUAAAGACCCCACUAACACCGACAACGACAAUAUCUUUCCCGGCAAUAGUGAUCGAAACACCGUGGUUUACAAUCGCUUUCCCGUGCCAAUGUCGUGUCGAUAUGUUCGCCUUUUACCUUACACAUGGCAUGAACAUAUUUCCCUUCGUAUGGAGUUCUUUGGAGAACUCCUUGGCCCUAUCCAGGAUGGUAGCCCUCUAGGCCUAGAAAGUGGGGCAAUCCCAGAUUCGAGCCUGACAGCUUUUAGUGAGUACAACGCCAACCACGGUCCGCGUCGAGCGCGGUUAAACAUGGCUAAAGUCGGAGCCCUGACUGGAGGAUGGUCUGCCAAAACAAACGAUUUGAACCAGUGGAUUCAGGUUGAUCUUUUAGCUACGUACAGCAUCGUAAGAGUGGCAACACAAGGUCGUGAGGAUUAUUCCCAGUGGGUAACCAGCUUCAAGAUUGCCUGCAGUAUGGAUAGUGUUACCUUUGAUACAGUUAAAGACCCCACUAACACCGACAACGACAAUAUCUUUCCCGGCAAUAGUGAUCGAAACACCGUGGUUUACAAUCGCUUUCCCGUGCCAAUGUCGUGUCGAUAUGUUCGCCUUUUACCUUACACAUGGCAUGAACAUAUUUCCCUUCGUAUGGAGUUCUUUGGAGAACUCCUUGGCCCUAUCCAGGAUGGUAGCCCUCUAGGCCUAGAAAGUGGGGCAAUCCCAGAUUCGAGCCUGACAGCUUUUAGUGAGUACAACGCCAACCACGGUCCGCGUCGAGCGCGGUUAAACAUGGCUAAAGUCGGAGCCCUGACUGGAGGAUGGUCUGCCAAAACAAACGAUUUGAACCAGUGGAUUCAGGUUGAUCUUUUAGCUACGUACAGCAUCGUAAGAGUGGCAACACAAGGUCGUGAGGAUUAUUCCCAGUGGGUAACCAGCUUCAAGAUUGCCUGCAGUAUGGAUAGUGUUACCUUUGAUACAGUUAAAGACCCCACUAACACCGACAACGACAAUAUCUUUCCCGGCAAUAGUGAUCGAAACACCGUGGUUUACAAUCGCUUUCCCGUGCCAAUGUCGUGUCGAUAUGUUCGCCUUUUACCUUACACAUGGCAUGAACAUAUUUCCCUUCGUAUGGAGUUCUUUGGAGAACUCCUUGGCCCUAUCCAGGAUGGUAGCCCUCUAGGCCUAGAAAGUGGGGCAAUCCCAGAUUCGAGCCUGACAGCUUUUAGUGAGUACAACGCCAACCACGGUCCGCGUCGAGCGCGGUUAAACAUGGCUAAAGUCGGAGCCCUGACUGGAGGAUGGUCUGCCAAAACAAACGAUUUGAACCAGUGGAUUCAGGUUGAUCUUUUAGCUACGUACAGCAUCGUAAGAGUGGCAACACAAGGUCGUGAGGAUUAUUCCCAGUGGGUAACCAGCUUCAAGAUUGCCUGCAGUAUGGAUAGUGUUACCUUUGAUACAGUUAAAGACCCCACUAACACCGACAACGACAAUAUCUUUCCCGGCAAUAGUGAUCGAAACACCGUGGUUUACAAUCGCUUUCCCGUGCCAAUGUCGUGUCGAUAUGUUCGCCUUUUACCUUACACAUGGCAUGAACAUAUUUCCCUUCGUAUGGAGUUCUUUGGAGAACUCCUUGGCCCUAUCCAGGAUGGUAGCCCUCUAGGCCUAGAAAGUGGGGCAAUCCCAGAUUCGAGCCUGACAGCUUUUAGUGAGUACAACGCCAACCACGGUCCGCGUCGAGCGCGGUUAAACAUGGCUAAAGUCGGAGCCCUGACUGGAGGAUGGUCUGCCAAAACAAACGAUUUGAACCAGUGGAUUCAGGUUGAUCUUUUAGCUACGUACAGCAUCGUAAGAGUGGCAACACAAGGUCGUGAGGAUUAUUCCCGGUGGGUAACCAGCUUCAAGAUUGCCUGCAGUAUGGAUAGUGUUACCUUUGAUACAGUUAAAGACCCCACUAACACCGACAACGACAAUAUUUUUCCCGGCAAUAGUGAUCGAAACACCGUGGUUUACAAUCGCUUUCCCGUGCCAAUGUCGUGUCGAUAUGUUCGCCUUUUACCUUACACAUGGCAUGAACAUAUUUCCCUUCGUAUGGACUUCUUUGGAGAACUCCUUGGCCCUAUCCAGGAUGGUAGCCCUCUAGGCCUAGAAAGUGGGGCAAUCCCAGAUUCGAGCCUGACAGCUUUUAGUGAGUACAACGCCAACCACGGUCCGCGUCGAGCGCGGUUAAACAUGGCUAAAGUCGGAGCCCUGACUGGAGGAUGGUCUGCCAAAAUAAACGAUUUGAACCAGUGGAUUCAGGUUGAUCUUUUAGCUACGUACAGCAUCGUAAGAGUGGCAACACAAGGUCGUGAGGAUUAUUCCCAGUGGGUAACCAGCUUCAAGAUUGCCUGCAGUAUGGAUAGUGUUACCUUUGAUACAGUUAAAGACCCCACUAACACCGACAACGACAAUAUUUUUCCCGGCAAUAGUGAUCGAAACACCGUGGUUUACAAUCGCUUUCCCGUGCCAAUGUCGUGUCGAUAUGUUCGCCUUUUACCUUACACAUGGCAUGAACAUAUUUCCCUUCGUAUGGAGUUCUUUGGAGAACUCCUUGGCCCUAUCCAGGAUGGUAGCCCUCUAGGCCUAGAAAGUGGGGCAAUCCCAGAUUCGAGCCUGACAGCUUUUAGUGAGUACAACGCCAACCACGGUCCGCGUCGAGCACGGUUAAACAUGGCUAAAGUCGGAGCCCUGACUGGAGGAUGGUCUGCCAAAACAAACGAUUUGAACCAGUGGAUUCAGGUUGAUCUUUUAGCUACGUACAGCAUCGUAAGAGUGGCAACACAAGGUCGUGAGGAUUAUUCUCAGUGGGUAACCAGCUUCAAGAUUGCCUGCAGUAUGGAUAGUGUUACCUUUGAUACAGUUAAAGACCCCAAUAACACCGACAACGACAACAUCUUUCCAGGCAAUAGUGACCGAAACACCGUGGUUUACAAUCGCUUCCCUGAGCCAAUGACGUGUCGAUAUGUUCGGCUUUUACCUUACACUUGGCAUCAACAUAUUUCUCUUCGUAUGGAGCUCGUUGGAGAACUCCUUGCAUCAACUGAAGCAUCAACAACCUUGAAGACAUCAUGUAAAGGAGCUAUCGCUAUGAACGCUUCGCCCAGAACAUGUACAAAGCCCAUACAGCUGUUUACGAUUCUAUUCGGGGUCGUACUACGAUGGCUUUACUGAAUGGUACAAGCUAUUACGAGCACUUAACACGCAGUUACGAGUACUUUACGAAUAGGUACGUAUACUUUACGUAUUCUUACGUAUUGUUUACGAUUUUGGAAAACGUAUGAAAUCUACAA